CGUAUAUCGCUAAUACACACCUUACAUCAUGUGGGUCUCAUCAUCUUUCGGGGACGCCGACAUUGAUGUGAAACCAGCCAAGAGAACUGCCAGCCUGAAGUCAGAAAAUAGGUCCUUUUCAGGCGGUACAGGACGUCAACACAAAGUAGUAGGGAGAGAGCAGUAUGAGGGAGAUUUGUGGGUGGACGUCCACCGGCCGACCUCCGUGGCUGACCUGGCCGUCCAUCCGAAAAAAGUGGCUCAAGUCGUGGAGUGGUUGAAGAGUCAUGUGAUGUUGGGUCGGGUUAAGGACACACCAAUACUACUUCUCACAGGUCCGCCCGGUGCAGGGAAAACGGCUACUGUGAAGCUGUUAUCAGAACAGGAGGGUGUGGAGGUGCAGGAGUGGGUCAACCCUGUUACAGAGGUGCACCAGCUGUCUUCUGACGACCCCACAACCUCCCGCGGCUCUCGCCAGCCGCCCCAGGCCGCCGUGUUCAAGGACUUCCUGUUACGGGCUAGCCAGUUCACCAGCCUGUGUCUGACAGGAGCGCCGAAGUCAGACCGGAAGCUUGUUCUAGUAGAGGACUUCCCCAACGUGUUCUACAGAGAGAAGACACAGUUCCACGACGUGUUGAGACACGUGCGGGAGGCGGGGUGUUUCCCGCUGGUGUUCAUCGUGAGCGAGACAUCCGGGAAGGACAGCAGGGUGCGAGAUCUGUUCCCCUCCGACUUACAACUCCAGCUCAACAUCCACGUCAUCAGCUUCAACGCCGUGGCUGCCACCAACAUGCAGAAGGCCUUGUCUUGUGUACUUAACAAAGAAGCUGCUAGGAGGAGCUUCUUCAAGAGGCCGGACAAAGACAGGAUACAGGAGGUAGUGCAGGCCAGCGCCGGCGACAUACGCAGCGCUGUCAACUUGUUACAGUUUUCCAGCCUCAAAGUACCCGUCGAUAGAACUUCAAAAGUCUUCAAGAAAACUAAAUCUAGCAAAGGGAACACAUCAAAGAGCACAAGAAGUAAUCUUAAGGCAGGAAAGGAGAAGGCAAGUGUAGAGCAAAGUGGAGGAAAGGACAUUUCGUUAUUCCUGUUCCGUGCUCUAGGGAAGAUCUUGUACUGUAAGCGUUCAGAAGAAGAAGAGAGAGAUCUUCCCCCCCUCCCCCCGCAUCUCUCCCACCACAAACGCCUGCCUGUGCUCGCAGACCCGGAGACGGUGGUCCACGCCUGUCCGCUGAGCGCAGAAGCCUUGUGCCUGUUCUUACAGCAGAACUUCACAGAGUUCCUGUCCGAAGUCUCCGAGUGUGAGACAGCGACGCGAUACCUCAGCGAUGCAGACGUGAUGUCGUCGGAAUGGGCGGCACGAGACGUAUUAAGCCACUAUGGCGUGUCGGUAGCCACGCGAGGUCUCAUGCACGCCAAAACUGCGGUCAGUAAGGGCGGCUGGAGGCCGUUGUACAAACCUGAGUGGUACUCCGUGCAGCAGAAGUGCCUGAGUAACCACAGGACUGCUGCGGGGACAUGUGUGGACCAGUGUCUGCCAGCCGUGGAGUUAUUCACACAGAAACUGCCCUUCCUCGGCCUGAUCCAUCCAUCCUGGAACAGCAAACUCGGCUUCUUGUCAAGCCAGCGCUUCACUAACGCCAGGCCGCAGAAGUUGGAGGAGACAGAGGCUGUUUUUGAUGAAGAGGAUGAAGGGGAGACUCAGGCCUUGCCAUCCCUCCCUCAGCAACAAUGUACUGUCCCCAGGGAGAUAGAUGAUGAGGUAGUUAUUGAAGAUUAUGACAGUGACUGGUAAUUGGUCAUUCUAAAGAGAUGAUACAAAACUUCCUGUUGAAUGGCAUUAGUUUCUUCCACACUGCUGAGGCCUAGAAAAAAAUGUUGU